CGGCUGUCUAAUCUUCCUCCGUCGUGUGCUCGCCGGCUGCUCAGCUUUGAUUGAGAAGAAAGCCGCGAGGAAUCAGCUCAGUCCUCCUUCUGCUGGAUAUCAUACGUUGCUGCAAAAAUUAGCUGCAAACAAGCGAGAAAUACAUGAAACUGGGCUGAGGCUCCCUGUUAUUCAAAUCAUGAGGGGUCUCGCGCUGGCGCUCGUCGUCCACGGAGCUCACCCGCUGCGCCUGCCGAGCCGGCGGGCCUUCGCGCGCGCUGCCGCCGCGACCGUCGCCGCGCCGGUCGCCGCGCGCGCCCAAGCGCCGCCGCUGGAGCAGCCAGCAAAACCGCCGAUCGACCCGUCGAUGCUCGACGUCGCCGUGCAGCUCGGCGACCUCCGCCUCUCGCGGCCGUACGAGGUGCGGUCGCAGAUGCUGGUCCCGACCUGUGUGGAAAUGGCGCGUUCGUGCCGAAUCGUCGCGUCGUCCUCCACGCCAUCGACGCGACGCCUGCUCGAUGGCGUAGUGAUGCCGGAUCCUCACCGCUCGAAGAACCCGACGAACUGGUUGAUUUCCACACAGGUCCCGACGCCGCCGCAGACGGUGGUUGGAAGGCUGGUGGACGCAGGAACGGUGUGGCUUGGCGAAGAUCGCGACCUCACGUCGGACGCGCAGAUCUCGGCGGGCAUCGUGGCCGCGCUGGCGCUGGCCAAAAACGCGCAGGCGCCGUCCGAGCGGAACAAGGGCGCGCCGCUGGCCGUCGGUCUGGAGGCGGUGCGCGCCGAGUACCAGCCGACCCUCGACGACUUCGUCAUGGGCAAGCUGAAUCCGAAGCAGGAGGCGACGCAGGCGCUGAAGGGGCCGCUCGACUGGGACCGGCACUGGCCCUACCCCAUCGAGCGCUACGCGCCCGUCUUCGAGGUCUGCCGGGCGCUCGGUCUGCCGUUGGUGGCGCUCGGGACGAAUGCGAAGGACCUGAAGACGGUCGAGGCGUCGGGCCUCGCGGGCUUGGACGACAAGGCCUGGGCGCGCCUGUCGCUGCCGGAAGGUCCCGACGCGCUCGCGGACCGCGUGAAAAUCGGGACGACCUACGCGUCCUACGCGCGCGAGGUGCUCCAGCCCGACUACGAGCGCUUCGUCUCCACGACCGCGGCGCCCUUCUUCGAGGCCGGCGACGCCGGCCCCAACGCGCGGCAGAAUUUUUUUUGUGCGCGCCUCGUCACCGACGCGUCGAUGGCGGCGCGCGCGGCGGCCUGGGUCGACGAGUCGCCGCGGCGCGACGCGACGAUCGUCGCGCUCGUCGGCGCGGAGCGCGUCGCGUACGAGGGCGGGGCGGCGUCGCUCUGCGCCGCGCGCACGGGCCGCAGCGCGACGCGGCUCCUCAUGAACCCGCCGUCGGCGACGCUCGAGCGCGCGGUCGGCGCCGAGGGGCCGCCGUCGUACGUGCCCGUCGCGACGACGAGCUCGCUGCGGGGCAUGCUGCCCGCGGCGCCGCCGCGGCCGCUGGCGGACUACGUCUGGUUCAGCGCGUACCGCGGCGAGAACUUCAUCUGACGACGAAUAUACCGGAUAUACGCACCCCCCUCCGCCCCGAAGUCGACCGCUGAUGUAAUCCCUUGCUUUGUUCCUUACUAGUUUUUAAGGGUACGGGCAGCCCCCAAAAUUGGCCCGGACGUACCUCAGCCACACAUCUUCGGGCUCCCACCCUUAGUUUCCCCGCAGCAUACCGUACGCGCGCGCAGGAGGGUGGUCUCAAAACAUGUUGUCCGGAGAGGGAGUCUGGUGCACUCUAAAGACAGACGACUCAAGACGAAAGACCGGUUGAGUGGAGUCCCUAGUCCUUGUAAUGCGUUAUUAGCUAGUUAUAACCCACUAGAUUUUGAUGUUUUGUUUUUUUUGGCAAAGUUGCCGUAGUGUGACGCGACGUCACUCGAGCGAUCAGGCGUUGCCUCGUUUAUUUAUUUACGCGACGGACACGCGUCACCCUGGCAUCGCCGACGCCGGCGACAGUAAAAGUGGCAAAAUAAUAUUGUUUGCACCUAGCUCUGGGAGCGCGUGUGUUUGCUGGUGUCGGAGCCGCGGCUGCGGAGAUCGGAUAGAGCGUGGUACUCGUUGGAGUUCCCCGUCAUCGCGCGCUUCACGCGGUUGCAGUUCGCGCUGGCUGUGGUGAUUUUCUUCGUCACCGAGGUCCCGGUCAUAGGCAUGACCUUCCCGCUCUUCAUCGCCGCGCUGGUGUUCGUGCGCACGAAGUACCUGCCGAAGAAGUACGACGCGCGCACGCUCGAGUUGAUCGACCCCUUGAUCGACCUGGCGCCGAUCGACAAGACGCCGUCGACCGCGGACCUGCUCGAGGAAGGCUCGCCGCCGUCGAGCCCCGCGCCCCAGGUGGUGUCGAGUCCCGUCGUCCGGAACCGAGGCGGGUCCGCGUGA